CCAAACUCAUGACUCUGCACGUGCUGCUCCGGCUCCGCGUGGCCUUCUCAGCAUCCAGUCUUCUGCCUCUGCAGGGUAUCAGAAGAACAGAUGCUGUUCCUUGGGAUGCUAAAACAGCUGGUCGGCGGGACACAGAGCAAAGCCUCAGGCUGCCGGAAGCUUGUCUUGCCUUUGCAGUUUCUAGGUACCUCCCAGCACCGAAUCCCAGCAGAAGCCAACUUCCACUCUGCCUCAUUCUCGGAAGCAGAGCCUCCUCGGGUCUUGAUCACAGGAGGUCUUGGCCAGCUGGGAGUAGGACUUGCUAACCUCUUGAGGAAACGAUUUGGGAAGGAAAAUGUGAUUCUCUCAGACAUAAGGAAGCCCCCUGCUCAUGUCUUCCAUAGUGGCCCGUUUGUUUAUGCCAACAUCUUGGAUUACAAGAGCCUUCGUGAGAUUGUGGUGAACCACCGUAUCAGCUGGCUGUUUCACUACAGUGCCCUGCUGAGUGCCGUGGGAGAGGCAAAUGUGUCCUUGGCCAGAGAUGUGAAUAUAAAUGGACUGCACAACGUUCUAGAUGUUGCAGCCGAGUACAAUGUGAGAUUGUUCGUGCCCAGCACAAUUGGAGCCUUCGGACCAACCUCUCCUCGGAACCCUGCGCCCGAUCUCUGUAUUCAAAGGCCUAGGACCAUCUAUGGGGUGUCCAAGGUCCACACGGAGCUCAUGGGAGAAUACUAUUAUUACCGGUAUGGGUUAGAUUUCCGGUGCCUGAGAUAUCCUGGAAUCAUUUCUGCAGAUUCCCAGCCUGGAGGAGGAACAACUGACUACGCAGUCCAGAUUUUCCACGCUGCAGCAAAAAAUGGCACGUUUGAGUGCAACCUCGAGGCCAGCACCAGGCUCCCAAUGAUGUACAUCAGUGACUGCCUCAGGGCCACCCUGGAAGUCAUGGAAGCCCCUGCGGAAUGCCUGUCCAUGAGGACCUACAACAUCGGCGCCAUGAGCUUCACCCCAGAAGAGCUGGCCCAGGAGCUCCGCAAGCACGCGCCUGACUUCCGGAUCUCCUACUGUGUGGAUCCCCUCCGGCAGGCUAUAGCGGAGAGCUGGCCCAUGGUUCUAGAUGACAGCAAUGCCCGAAAGGACUGGGGCUGGAAGCAUGACUUUGAUCUUCCAGAGUUGGUGGCUACGAUGCUCAGCUUCCACGGAGUCAGCACCAGAGUUGCCCAAGUGAACUGAAAGAGGAGGAGCAGCCCCCACGUUGUCCAAGUGCCGGGGCAACGGCAUCUCUAAGUUGGAGAACCUGACUGAAUUCUAGCUGCUUACGGAACUGCUGGGUGGAGUUGGAGUUGCUUUACACACUACUUUUGUCGUGUGCCUAAAUUGGUCCAGAUACAUAUGCCAGAGAAAUGAAGUCCUAAGUGGUGGUAGCUAUCUCUCGGAAU